AUGUUGCGCCUCACGGGCACCUCGUGGUACUACCGCGCCACAGCGGAGCUGGACCGGCUUCGAGGCAUGCUGCGCGGUCGUGCACGGCUGGAACGCAAGGUUGGGUUGAAGCGCAUUACCUUCCUUAUGCGCACUCAAACUCGCUACCGUGUGGAGUACAAGGCUCACUGGGAGCGCGCCAUUGUGCGUAAGAACGUCGAUAGCGCCGCGCACGAGCACGGCAGUGGGUGGCAACACCUCCGCAACGACCUUGCUCGGCAGAAUUUGAUGCUUCUGCCUCGCACCCAGCAGCAGCUGGCUCAAUACGAGCCGCUGGCAUUUCGUGCUGUAAUGGAGCUGUGCGCCUCGCGUGUGGCACCGCCGCCGCCGCCGAUGACGGCUCAGGUGCCGGAGGAGGCCUACGCAACGCGCCCGGAAGAUCCGCUAGUAGCGCACCCGGCGGCGAGACGGCAGCUGAAGGAGGCUGUCGAGCGCAUGCUGUGCGCCGGCCGCUCUGAGGUGCUGCAGCGAGAAGGCCCGCGCACAACGCUGACGUGGAUGGAUGCAUGGAAAGAGUACGAUGUGGGUGCGACGACACCGAAGUGA